AUGUUGGUGUACUUACGGAAUGUGAUUGUUUGUGUGCUUUCUCUCAGGCCCUGCUGCUUACAUGCUGCCCUCUGUGCUGGGGCCUGCCACCGUCAACAAAACCUCCGCCCCUAACUUCUCCCUCCGAGGACGCAGCAAGAUAGGCAGCUUCCACGAGGACCUGCAGAAGACCCCUGGUCCAGGGACAUACAGAGUGGUGGACCCCUUCACCUACAAACACAAGCCCCCCCACUACAGCAUGACAGGACGCAACAGCAUGCCUGGAGACACCACCAUGAAACCAGGCCCCGGAGCUCACCACCCUGAACAGGCAAACUAA